CUUGGAAUUGCGAUUGGGUUUUUGGUCCCUCCUGUUCUGGUACCCAACGUCAAAGACCAGGAAAAGCUUGCCUACCACAUCAGCAUCAUGUUCUACAUAAUUGGAGGCGUAGCCACUCUCCUCUUCAUCCUUGUCAUCAUCGUAUUCAAGGAGAAGCCCAAGUAUCCUCCCAGCAGGGCCCAAUCCCUGAGUUAUGCUUUGACGUCGCCUGAUGCUUCCUACUUAAGUUCCAUCGUCCGGCUCUUCAAAAACCUCAACUUCAUGCUGCUGGUCAUCACCUACGGUCUGAACGCUGGUGCUUUUUACGCCUUAUCCACUCUGCUGAAUCGCAUGGUGAUCUUGAACUUCCCGGGGGAAGAAGUGAAUGCCGGAAGAAUCGGUCUGACCAUUGUCAUUGCCGGGAUGUUUGGAGCAAUGAUCUCAGGCAUUUGGCUGGAUAAGUCCAAAACAUACAAGGAGACAACGCUGGUAGUGUAUAUCAUGACCCUGGUGGGCAUGGUGGUGUACACGUUUACCUUGAAACUGGGCCAUUUGUGGGUGGUAUUCAUCACUGCUGGUACGCUGGGCUUCUUCAUGACUGGCUAUCUGCCUCUGGGGUUUGAGUUUGCUGUGGAGCUCACAUACCCAGAAUCUGAAGGCAUGUCGUCUGGCCUCCUCAAUGUGUCUGCACAGGUAUUUGGGAUCAUCUUCACCAUCUCCCAAGGCCAGAUUAUUGAGAACUAUGGAUCCUCUGCUGGGAAUAUCUUCCUGUGUGUGUUCCUUGCUCUUGGAUCAGCUCUCACUGCUUUUAUUAAGGCAGAUCUUCGGAGACAGAAGGCGAACAAGGAUGCUCCUGAGACUAAAGUCCAGGAGGAAGAAGAGGAGGAGGAGAUUAAUACCAGCAAGGCACCCACUGUCGUGUCGGAGGAGGCUCAUCUCUGAGAGAGGUGGCAGAGACUCAGGAACAUAGACACUCACCUCUUGGCUCCACUUAGCUGUCACUGCCAGCACCUAGAUUUUCACGGAGAAGCUUUUAGAGGAAGCAGGAGGAAGAUGUGACUUGCAUGGCGGUGCCUAUGCCUACUGGACGCUACCCGAGGACCUGGAUGGUUUCCUUGGGGAAAACCUCACCUGUCCCCAAAUGCAGACUGGAUUCCAGUCCCCUCUCCCUCUUAGGUCUUGGGCUAAUAUUGGGAGAGGCUGGUGGAGGGUGUUGGAGUCCAUCUUUGCUUGGUCCCUUGCCAUCUCUUUAUCCCCUUUCUUCUCUCGUGGAGAAUGCUUGCAGAAUUUUCCUAAGAAAGCUUAUUCAGGAUAUUAACUUUUUCUGAUGUCUUAAGGCUUACCCAAACAAAGCCCAGUUUACUGAGACUGAGCAAGAUGCUCUGCCCGAGGGUCAUGAUGAGGAAGUACCGUGGUUCAGCCUCCAUCAUUCCACCAGCACAGCUGUCAGGACUCUUGCCUUAGCCCUUUCUGCCUAACACUGCUGUCUCUCUUCAGACCUUUCCGGAGAGUCAAGGAGACUAAACGCUAUAAACCAGAGCAAACCUUUCUGUGGCCUCAAAGGAGAAACUGACUGGCGAGGGCUCACUGUGUAGGUGGGACAGUGCUGGGGAGUCUGUAGAGCUCUGAACUGGAAUGGAAGGUGCUUUCCUACAAAAAUGGUGCUCACCUAGGGACGCGUGUGUCCCAGGCCACUCAGAAUGUCUUCACUGGAUAUUACACUGGGAACUAUAGCCACUGGGGGCACGUGGCUCCAACCUUUAUUGAAAGUUAGUCUUAUUUACUCUACUGUGACACAGAAGUAUAUCUCUGAGGAAAGAAGCAGAAGAAAUGUCUAUUUCAGUUAAACAUGAUCCCGUGUAUUUUGGGGCCAGUAUUUGCACAACUAAACCCUCUCCCUGCCCCUGCUAGCAAGAGUCCUUGUCAGGUAUUUUAAAUUUAAAAAGGUUCCUUCCCCACCCAGUCUGCUGGUUAUACUCAUGGGCUUUCAGUGUCUCCCCCAAGAUAAACUGCUAACUAUUUUCUCCUGUGCCUUAAGCAACUCUGGUCAUGACCAUUGUAUUGUCUGGUCUUAAGCAUACCAGAGCAGCCAGAUUGCCUGCAGUGCUGGGGUGCCAGGCCAGAGGGGAUCAGCUUGUGUGUACAUGCAUGCAUAUCUGUGUGUAUGUGUGUGUGUGUGUGUGUGUGUGUGUGUGUGUGUGUG